ACAUGACUAAAGUCCUAACAAUGCCUUUUCAACCCUAGACCCAGAGACGUUCAGACGGUGCGAUCACUCAGAGUUAAAAGCUCUUUAUUGAAACUGAACCUCUCAUCCAAAGCAGUGGAGGUUUUCCAUUGGUGGGGGUGUUUUUUUUCUACUGAGGAGAGAGGGUGAUGCUGUGCUUCAUUCACUGGAAAUGUAUUGACUGAGGAUCUGUCUUAGCCUUCCAGUUGGACCCUGCUGCUGCUGGUCUGUUCACUGCGUGGGGUUUAAACCGAGACGCACACGAGGCUGAGCUCAUCCUGGUGGCUGGCUAACCGAUCAGUGGUUUGAUAAACCAUGAGAGCCCUCCUCCUGCUCUGCCUACUGGCGAUAGGCCAUACCAAAGUGUACAAGCCAGUCAAGAUCACAGACUUCAUGAAAAACUACGACAUCAUGAUGGAGGAUUGGGAAUGGGAUGACGAUGAUGACAAAGAUGAUGAUGACGACUAUGAUGAUGAUGACGACUGCCCAGCUAGCUGCCGUUGUUCACCUGGAGUGGUGCAGUGCUCGGACAAGGGUCUAAUAUCUGUUCCUGAGAAGAUUCCUGAAGACACUGUGAUGAUUGAUCUUCAAAACAAUGAUAUUACUGACAUCAAGGAGGAUGACUUCAAAGGCCUUCACAGGCUUUAUGGACUGUUUCUGAUCAAGAACAAGAUAUCCAAGAUUCACCCGAAGGCUUUCAGGAACAUGGACAACCUAAAACUGCUGUAUCUCUCCUACAACCUGCUGACUGAGAUCCCUGCAAAUCUGCCUCCCAACGUCCUCGAGCUGCGAUUCCAUGAAAACAAUAUAAACAGAAUCCAGAGGGAUGCAUUUAAAGGCUUGAGGAAGCUGCAUGUGCUAGAGCUGGGAGCCAACCCUUUGGCCAACAGUGGAAUUGAGAUGGGUGCAUUUAAUGGCUUGUCCUCUCUGUAUAUCGGUAUAGCAGAGGCUAAACUAACAGCUGUGCCAAAAGACUUCCCAUCUUCCAUCACAGAGCUGAGUCUGGACUACAACAAGAUCUCAAAGGUGGAAGUAGAGGACUUCAUCAGAUAUAAAAACCUGCAGAGGUUAGGACUGGGUUUUAACCAUAUCAGGUCUGUAGAAAACGGGAGCUUCGCCAGUAUCCCAAACAUCCGUGAGAUCCACCUGGACCACAAUCGUCUGAAAAAAGUCCCACCAGGUCUAAACUCCCUGCGCUACCUCCAGGUGAUUUAUCUUCAUCGCAACAAGAUCGGCUAUGUGGGCAUCAAUGACUUCUGUCCCACCUCUGCCAACGUCAAGAAGAAUCAGUACACAGCCAUCAGUCUGUUUGCCAACCCAGUUAAAUACUGGAGCAUACAGCCAGUCACCUUUCGCUGUGUUACUGGCCGGAGGGGCAUCCAGCUCGGCAACUUCAGAAAGUAGAGAAAGUAGAUGACGGCUAAGAAAUGGACCUGCUAACAUCCUCAUGGCAGAAUAAGGAAUAAUUCUGAGAGGCAAAACAAGAUAAAAGCACACAUUCCUGAGGAGACAGCUAUUUGUGAAAUUGGUUACGUUUUCAUUAUAUUGAUGUAUCUUAGAACCUGUAGGACAUGUUGGACGCUGGUAUUCUUUACACAUAGAGGGUUUCAUGUCAGGGAAUUAACUUUGAACAUUAACUCAUAAGCUAAGGCAGUGGAAGUGUUUACUGUAGUUACAGACAGUAAGGAGGACGUACAAGACAACACAAGAGUACUGCUGCCCCCUGAAGGAAAAACAUAGGGAAAUGCUGGCAUUUUACCCCUCAGCUGUUACUUUAUGGACUUUGAGAGGAAUACAGCACCACCCCCUGGUCAUUUCAUGAGAGAAGAAACACUCAGUUACUUGACUUAAAUCAUAUGCCGACACAUUAUUUUCUAUGAAGACUCUUUUUAUUUCUUUCUAGUUUUCAAAUGACUGUAAUGUUUGAAAGAAAAUGUGUCUUUCCUAAAGUUAUAUAUAUAUAUAUAUAUAUACAUACAUACAUACACUCACACACACACACACACAUUUAUUUGGGCCAUUUCCUUGCAUAUCUUGUUUAAUUUAGUAAGGUAAGACAUUGUAAUGACCAUAGAGGAGUUCCUGCAAGCUGGAACUGAAACAUAUGGAGAGCUUUAAAUGGACAUGUUCCUCUAGCAGAAGUUACUGAGUAAUGUUGGAUUAUUUUACUGCAUUAAGUCACUUUUAAGCCCCAUGUCUGUCUGUACGAUAAUGUUAUAUGUUAUCCUGAUUUUCUGUUACUGAUCUAAAAUUCAUCAUUACCCUCCAUGUGGAGCACAGAUCAUUUCUAAAUCAUGACCAGGUAGUAUAACUCCCCACCUGGAUUGUCAGAAGGUCUUUUGUUUAUACAUGUUCUCUCCUCCCUAAUGGUGCUAUAUUUAUUGAGGUUGUGUUUAAUAAAUCUGGACCACCU